CAGUCAUCACCGUGGCAUAUUUUCGCUAAGCAGGAAUUUUUUUUUUGGCACAGAGGAACUUCUAUGGUACGGAAUAAGCACCAAACCGAGUAGCGUACAACUUGACUCUCUCGGUCAGGUAAACACAUAUCAGCCGCAUUUCAUCGUACGCCAUCAGUAAGUGGGACAGAUCAGCCGAAUGCCAAUCUCCAUAUCGCCGAAUAAGGAACCUUGGCUUCGCCGCGAAGACUGUGUACAUUUUUCGAAGGUCCAAUAUCACGCUCAGCGACUGUAAAGAUAAGUAUAUAUAGGCAUAUACUAUGAGGUGCAUACUGUACACUAUAAAGAUACAAUCAAGCUCCGUGGGAACUCGCGGCAAAAUAUGGCUGAUUGUAAUCUUACUGCAAUUUUAGAGGCCUAAGUAGAAGGCGCAGACUGUAGAUGCAGUUAAGUCCUGUUUCCCUGUUGCGAAAUGCGACUUAGCAUACUUCGCCUUGCCCAUUAUUUCAAUCAGUACCGCUUUAGGGAUCAAUAUAUUAAUCACUUUACCGAAUCGAGAGCCUCUGUGGCGGGCGGCCACAUGAACAACCACGGCUGACUGAAAUGCAGUCUAUGUAUAUCACCAUUCAGUCUAUGCAGCCUACGCGCUUAUCAGUGUGCAAUCUAUGCAGUAAAGACCAGCAAUGCAUCUAUGCAGUAGAAGUGAUUAAUAUAUUGAUCCCUAAAGCGGUACUGAUUAAAAUAAUGGACCAAGCGAAGUAAUGUUAGUGGCUGAUUUCUUAAGCCCGUUCAUGAAUAAUGCGCCAUAUCCUAGGCUGAGUCUACUUCCAGUUCCACGAAUUUGGCCGGCUCGAUCAAUCGGCGUCCAUCGGUAGAGACUGCGGAUACCCUUAUCAACUCGUUUGGACCUUUAUUCUUGUUGCCGGCUGUUCUACAUCGCCGUUAGCGGAAACCUGCGACGAACUAAAAUCACGCUGCUAUGGCCUGUCACUCCAGCAAGAUGAAUAUCGGUACGAGCUCAUGCGCGAACAGUGGCCCGUGACGGAUGACAAGGUUAACCAGACAGCCCAGACUGGAAAGCUGUUUUGUCGUCUGAGCCAGGAAUAUGGACAGUGCCUGCUGACCAUGAACCAGCGUUGUCCUGGAUAUACGACGCCCGAGAACGGAAACGGUUGGUUCGGGGCAACAUGGGAGAAAUUUAUGGGCAAGCUUUGCGACACGCCCUUCCCUCCUCAACGCUACAUACCUGUCGUGUACGGACAAUGUUACGCACAAAAUGCCGAUAUUGUUCCCUCACUCGUGCUGUCACCCACGUCGCCAUAUGUCCUGCAGUCUAUCAGCGCUUCUUCUGCUCAGGAAAACGCUUGCAGUGCGAUGUCAGACAUGCAAGCGCAUAUGAACGGCACAGCGGCAGCCAUUGCCCGAAAGUGUGACCAGGAAGCCGCACGAGUUCUGGUGGAAGGAACCAGAUAUCUUCAUCAAAUUAAUUGCCCGGGAUAAAGUUUCACUAACUAUUAUAGCUGGUGUAAUCACAAAUAUAGUGUAAUCUAAUUAAUAACGGGUCUUAUUGCAAAUGUGGCACAUCGCGGUUUCGUCUGUGUCUUAUCAGUAUAGCGGCCCUAUACUAGAGUGGAUACCAAUUACAUCAAAUAAAUGCUCUAUACGAGUAUCUGGGU